GUGCAGCGGCCAACCUCGCCAUCUACUUCGAUGCCGCGCCAGCAUGGCAAGCUGGCAGGGGUUUGAAAGCCGCUUUCCACUUCAGAACUGGAGGUGGUGGUCGGAUAGGCGCGGCGCCUAGCCAUGAACGAUAGCGAUGACUUGGCGCCAAGUGGCGCGGCACUGCCUGACUUGCAAUGGAAUGCUUCAAAACACUGAGAUCUCUGGUACACGAGUAAACUACUAUAUCGUAGCGAAUGGAAUGUCAUCUCAGUGCUGAGAUGCAAUUUAUGCUGACGGAAGUGAAUUCGCGUGGUCUGUUUCGGCCGAUUGCUCUUUAGCCCAGAGUGGCCAGUGGCAGGGGACUUGGACGUGCGAUUUGCGUCGAGAAUAAACCCGGAUCUAGUAGAGAAGACUGCGAGAGAGUUUUCGUAGGGUCUUAUACGCGUGACCCUGUAUGGUGUUGCGUGUGUUUGUGUCCCACACACACACACACACACACACGCACACGCACACACACACACACAGAGAGAGAGAGAGAGAGAGAGAGAGAGAGAGAGAGAGAGAGAGAGAGAGAGGAGGAGGAGGAGGAGGAGGAGGAUGGGUUUCUCGAGUGUUGAGGGGGAGAAUUGCGCAGUGAAGGGUCAGUCGGACAACGGUUUCCCCGGGCCUACGUCUGUGGCAGGAGGAUCUGCACACACGCCAUCGCCUCCUCGAACGCAUCCAUCUCCUGUACCUCAGAAUCGAAGGCUUAUUCAGAACAGCGGAACGAUUGACGAUUCUCUGUGGGAAGUCAUGGAGGCAAACCCGGCCAAAACCGCGGACGCGAUGAGAAGCGCUAAUGGAGUGCCGUGCACGACAUCGGUGGCGCAAGGGAUCCCGGUCGCCGCUAAUCAGAUGCGACCUUUCCACGUGGCACCAGUCGACAAUCCCAUGGCGGAAGGGAUGAUGCCACCGAACGCGAUCUUCAUGAACCCUGCUGGACUCCCCUUAAGGAAAACUUGCUUCGGCGAUACGCCCGCUCCCUUCAUUUGUCCCCAUUGCUCGAAACCUGGGCUCUCCAGGGUCAAGCCUCGGAUCAGCUUGGCCGCCUUUGUCGGGUGCAUGAUUCCUGUCUUUGUUGGGUUCUGCUUUCUGCUCCCAGGAUGCUCCUGCCUAUGGCACAAGGUUCAUUACUGCGACAUGUGCGGUGGAAAGGUGUAUGAGGUGAAGAAAAGCGAUCCUUGCCUAGUCAUGGAUCCCGCGAACUGGACUGUUCAGAGCUAUGCUAUCCCCGCUUGAUCUGUCAAUGCUCAGGCAUUUGAGGUGUUCGGUUUCACAGGUGUGUUUGUACAGGCAACUCCAAAGACUCUGCUGGACUUGCAGCUAUAUACUCGACAACGUUGUUGCUGCCGGUUUGAGAAGCAGCAGUACUGAAGUGUUUCACAGGUGUGUUUGUACAGGCAAAUCCAAAUACUCUGCUGCUAGACUUGCAGCUAUCUGCUCGAUAACGGUGUUGCUGCUGGUUUGAGAAGUAGCAGUACUGAAGUGUCAUGAAGAUGAUUAUAGGGGAGCACAGAGAACAGGAAAGCGACGGAAAGGUGCACAGUACGUGCUUGGGCUUUUUCCGAAGGCAGUCGUCGACCGGCCUCCCCCGUCAUGUGCAGAAGAAUGGCGAGCUGCCGCUCCCACCCAUGUCGCGGAUCUGUCUUCAAUUCCUUUUGAGUGUGAAGUGGCGUCAUUGGGCCCGAAGCAACGGCCGAGACGAGCACCAGGCUUAGCGAUCAACGUGGUGGUAUUGACACGCUUGAAGCCGAGAUGAGCACCUAGGCAUGGGACGACGGCGCUUGAAGCCCCAAUGCUUGUUAGUGUUUUUUGGUGCUUUCGUGCUACACGUAAAAGGAAGGGCUGGUGCAAUUGCUUCCGACAGCAGGGCGCUUGAAGCCCCAACGCUUGUUAGUGUUUGGGGGUUUCGUGCUCCAUGAAUAAGAUGCGUCUCAGCUGGUGAUGUGGGGGUUUGUUAUUUCUUCCGCCAACAGCAGGUGGACUUGUCUGGCUUGUAAGUGCACAUGCCUGUGACGCUUUGUUCGCGCUCUGUGGGAUUUCCACUCCCAACUUUUCUAGGGAGUUCCCCGACUUCUCUGUGAAGAUGCUACAGCAUUGCGUUAGUGAGGUUACAGUGUGAACGCUGAAGUAAUACGAAGCAUGCGAUGAACGGUGUUGUUCAUUCCAUCGUAUGCACGAUGAAGGUACGCAGCACAUAUGCAGUACAUCCCGUCGUAGGCCGAUACGUCUGCCGGCAGGACGCGGAAGGUUUAGCAACGAGCAGAGGGAAUGGAUAACCGUGUUGUAUAGAGGAGACUUUCUUGCUCCCACUCGUUGCGGGGGGAUCUACACUUUGAGCUUCUUUUUGUACAAGUGUUAUGCAAUCCUGGUUUGUCGAUAGGGGUCCAAUAACACCCAUCAGGGAUCUAAUCAACGGACAUCUGAUCGCCCUCGCCACACUGCCCUGAAAGCCGUAAAGUGUUUCAGUAGCUGCUAGACUUUUCUGGAGUUAGGUUUUCAAGAGUUUUAGGCCCUGGCGCCACACAGCUCUCUUGGAAGAGGAACUCUCCGGAAUGAAGUAUGCAAAAGACACAUAAUGGAGGGUGACGCAGGGCGUGAUGAGUCUCAAGCUGUGAAAGGACAUUUUACGGCUUUGUUAAAUUGUUUUCUUUCAAGAAUCAUCUGCAUAACGGCCUGAAAACUUUUGAGAAUCAAGAGUGCGUCAAGGGGGUGUGGCCGAGGACGUGUGAAAACCUGAGCAUUGCAGACCUGGGGUUUCGAGCGUUUAAAGAGAGCCUCUUUCAAAAGCGUUUCAAGAGCCACUCUGGCAAGUCUUGAGAGUUUUCUUGUGCACCAACUCUCAACAGGCUGUGCAGCGAUAUGGAAACACUUGCAUGGCGUGGCGAGGCGAGGGGAGGUGAGGCCCUAUAUCUGCAGUCUAUCGCUGGGGCCAAGUCGGUCAGGUGAUACGGUGAGAUGAAAUGUGGACGGGAGGCGAGGCGAGGCGAGGCGAGGCCCUAUAUAUCUGCAGUCUAUCGCUGGGGCCAAGUCGGUCAGGUGAUACGGUGAGAUGAAAUGUGGAGGCGAGGCGAGGUGAGGUCCUAUAUCUGCAGUCUAUCGCUGUGGCCAAGUCGGUCAGGUGAUACAGUGAGAUGAAAUGUGGAUGGGAGGAGGAUAGAAUAACAACGGAUUAUGCUGGGGAACGCGAGCAAGGGAGAAUGAUUUGAAGAUCUUUUUGUAAAUACAUAACCAUG